AUGGUCGCCACACCUGAUGAUCCAAGAGCGCAGACCAUCGUUGAUCUCUUCAAUGGACAGGGCAGCGCCCCGGCUCCCUUUGACGUGCUGACCUCAGCCUUGUCUUUUCCCACCAGAGACCAGGAGCAAUGGUGGCGCAAGACCGGCCCAAUGUUUGGUCAGAUGCUCGCCUCGUCUGGCUAUACCCUCGAUCAGCAGUAUCGGCACCUCACCUUCUACUACAACCAACUCGUUCCCCGCCUCGGCCCUCACCCAGCAACAUUCCAUUCCAGUCUGACUGUCAGCGGGUUACCCAUGGAGUUCAGCAUCAACUACCAGCAAAAGGGUGCGCAUCCAAUGGUCCGCAUUGGCGCGGAACCUAUCGACUCCUUUUCGGGGACGGAACGGGACCCAUUUAAUCAGAUCCCGCCGGCCGAGAUGGUAAACCACUUCUCCAGAGCGGGAGUUAAAGGAUUCGAUCCGGAGCUUUAUGCGUACUUCGAGCCAAAGCAUUCUCUUACUCGUGAGCAGCAAGCCAGACUACCGAAAGAAGUACCUGGUGGUGACAAGUUAAAGACGCAAUAUGCUUUCGGGUUCGAUUUUAAGGGUGAUGAGGUUUCACUGAAGGGGUAUAGCUAUCCCGGGCUGAAAGCCACAAUGGCAGGCCAGGAAGUUGCGAAGCUCGUCGGAGACGGGGUCAAGGACCUGAAAAACCAAGGCAAACUGGACUGCACCGAGGCCUGGGCAGCUGUGGAAGCCUACAUGACUGAGCUCAACGGCUGGGGCUACCACAACCUCUGGGCAUGGGAUUACGUCUCGCCUGCGAAAUCGCGUCUCAAGUUUUAUUCCUUCGUCAUGGAUGUCGUAGACAAGACUAAGCUCGAGGAGCUCUGGACAUUGAAUGGCCGCGCCACCAGCCCCGCUCAUCAAGAGGGUCUACGACAUCUCAAAGAGCUCUGGGAUAUUAUCGACCUGAAGAACGUCGGCAAGAGAGACCUCCCGGCCGAUGCGCCUCAGAUCCCAGAGGAUGCAGCGCCCAUGGUUUGGAACUAUGAAAUGACGGCGGGCAAUCCCUUGCCGUUCGGCAAGGGCUACUUUCCGCUGCAAGGGCUCAACGAUGCAGGCUGUAUCCAGAAGCUCGUCAAGUUCUUUGAGUUAAUGGGGUGGAAGGAUCUCGCGGCCAAGUACCCGGAGACUAUUCAGUCGUUCUAUCCUGGCCUCGAUCUGUCCAAGACAUCACAUCUACUGAUGUGGGUGUCGUACACUUAUUCGGAGAAGACAGGGGUUUAUCUGAGCAUUUACAAUCAUCCUUGUCCAGAGAAAUAG